CCGUACCGAUGCCAUUACACACACUCUCUCACACACACGCUGUAGGCUACAGCUCGGACCCACAUCUCUUUCCUCCACGCGCUGGAGGAGUGAAGGUAGCGGAGUGGCGGACGCGGACAACUCCGGACACGCACGCGCUCAACUCCGGACACGCACGCGCUCCACGGAACAUACGACCGAGCCGUCUUUACGAUCCCCUCACGCGUUUUCCCCCCCACACAAGUGAGGAAAGUCAGAAAACCAGUCCGAGACACCUGGUGUCAUUUGGAUUGGAUAGGAGCUUCACUCACUUUCACUACCAGCUCGAGGAAAUCAAGGGACUCGAACUUAACGCAGCUUUUGUUUCUCAUAGUUCGGCUCGUUCCCUGCCAUGGUUCCUAGUCAGACUUCAGGAAGAAAAGUUCUUUAGAAAGCUGAUUUAUUCAGUGAUGCGUUAGUGUUAUUAUUUUAGCCUGUGCAGCGUUAUGGGCAUGGUGUUGAAGCACGCGCUGUGAUCGGAGUUGCUCUGCGUGUUGAAGAAUCACGCGUGUAACAGGCGCGAGGACAGAAGUGAUCACCGCCGUGCUGAAGAGCUCUCGGAGGAUAAACCCGUUUCUCCACGCCGAAAGAGGGCCGGGAUUCCAGAAACAAGACUCCAAGGGUGGCACAUUUCACCCGGAAAGAUGGAUUUAGCCAGCAGACUGUAUGGAUGCUUACUAGUGUUUUAUUUCUCGCCGCUGGUUCACGGAGAUGAGGAGCCAUGUGGUGGGCACCGGGAUGCAAGUGAUGCAGGCUAUAUCACCACGCCUGGUUACCCACAGGAGUACCCACCUCAUCAGGACUGCCGGUGGAUCAUCACGGCUCCAGAGCCUUCGCAGCGCAUCGUCCUCAACUUUAACCCCCACUUUGAGCUAGAGAGGCUGGACUGCAGAUACGACUUCAUCGAGAUCCGUGAUGGCAAUUCAGAUUCUGCAGAUCUGCUGGGGAAACACUGCAGUAACAUCGCCCCACCGGCCAUCAUCUCAUCAGGACCCGUGCUCCACAUCCGAUUUGUAUCUGACUAUGCCCACCAGGGAGCCGGCUUCUCACUGCGCUACGAGAUCCACAAGACGGGUUCUGACUGCUCCAGAAACUUCACCAGUCCAUCAGGUGUGAUCGAGUCACCCGGUUUCCCUGACAAGUACCCUCACAACUUGGAGUGCACCUUCAUCAUUAUUGUCCCUCCUCACAUGGAGGUCACACUCACCUUCAUGACCUUUGACCUGGAAAACGACCCUUUGCAAGGCUCAGAGGGAGAGUGCAAGUACGACUGGCUGGAAGUGUGGGACGGCCUGCCGCAGGUUGGACCUCUCAUUGGACGCCACUGUGGGACUAAAAUUCCCCCUGAAAUCCAGUCAUCCACCGGGAUUCUCUCACUCACCUUCCACACGGACAUGGCCGUCGCAAAAGAUGGCUUUUCUGCUAGUUAUAACAUGACGCUAAAGGAGGUUACUGACAAUUUUCACUGUAGUAAUCCUUUCGGGAUGGAGUCAGGCCGGAUCACAGACGACCAGAUCACAGCGUCUUCGUCAUUCAGCGAUGGACUGUGGUCUCCGCAGCAGGCUCGCCUUAACUACGACAACAACGCCUGGACACCCAGCGAAGACAGCAACAAAGAGUACAUCCAGGUGGACCUGCACUUCCUGAAGGUUCUGGCCGGCAUCGCCACGCAGGGAGCCAUCUCUAAAGAGACGCACAAGUCUUAUUAUGUCACCAGCUUCAAACUGGAGGUCAGCACCAAUGGUGAGGACUGGAUGGUCUACCGCCACGGCAAGAACCACAAGACUUUCCAUGCCAACACGGACCCCUCUGAAGUGGUCCUGAACCGGAUCCCUCAGCCCGUCCUGGCUCGAUUCGUCCGAAUCAGACCCCAGACUUGGAAGAACGGGAUCGCUUUGCGCUUCGAGCUCUAUGGCUGUCAGAUCACAGAUGCUCCAUGUUCAGAGAUGCAGGGAAUGCUCUCAGGACUACUCCCCGAUUCGCAGAUCACUGCGUCCUCCAUGCGGGACAUCCACGGCUCCAUGGGUGCGGCUCGGUUAGUGGCGAGCCGUUCUGGAUGGUACCCCAACCCCACACAGCCUGUGGCCGGGGAGGAGUGGCUGCAGGUUGAUCUCGGAGUCCCAAAAACAGUGCGGGGGAUCAUCACACAGGGAGCACGCGGCGUCGACGGCAGCACCAGCGCCGAGAACCGAGCCUUCGUGAGAAAGUACCGCCUGGCGCACAGCAUGAACGGGAAAGACUGGACCUACUUCCUUGACCCCAGGACCGGCCACCACAAGAUUUUUGAAGGGAACACACACUUUGACACGCCGGAGAUCCGCCGCUUUGAUGAGAUUGUGACACAGUUUAUCAGGGUGUAUCCGGAGAGAUGGUCGCCCCCUGGCAUUGGGAUGAGGAUGGAGAUCUUGGGAUGUGAUCUGCCAGAAUCCACCACUACUGCCGACAUAGCCACCCCGACUCUGGCCCAGCAAGAAGAAACCACCACAGCUCAGAGGAUACCAGCUCCCAGCUCCGUGUCUUCUCUGGGUGGAUUGUGUGAUUUUGAGCAAAAUAUGUGCGGCUGGACCCAUGACCCCACAGGUGAUGUGAACUGGGCUCUGCAUAGCCCCUCCAGUCCUGGUCUGGACCUGCCCCUGGGAGCUGACGAUUACGGCAGCUUCCUGUACCUGGAGGCGGGUCUUAAGACUGAGCAUAAGCGUGCGAAGCUUUUGAGCCCCGUGGUGGGACCCGAGCAAGGGCCGCUCUGCCUGCUUUUCCGCUACCAGCUCUCAGGAGAGGCUCAGGGAAGGCUGCAGGUCCUGAUUCGCAACGACAAUCAGGACGAGACCCUGCUCUGGACUCUGAAAGCAGACCAUGACCACAAGUGGAGAGAAGGACGAACCAUCCUACCUCAGUCCCCUAAGGAGUACCAGGUUGUCAUCGAGGGCUUGUUUGAGCACGGCAGCCUAGGCCACAUCUGGAUCGACAAUAUCCACAUGAGUUCUAGCACAGAGCUGGAACAGUGCAUCGAACCUUUCCCUGCCUUCCCACCGGAGAUGACUGGGGGAGUCCUUCCUGGCAUGAGUGAUCCCACUGUAGACACUACAGUGUCCCUGCAACCCAUGCCCACCUACUGGUAUUACGUUAUAGCCGGAGGGGGUGCACUGGUGCUGCUGGCCUCCGUCACGCUCCUCAUGGCGCUGUGCUGCCAUCGCUACCACCUGGCUGCCAAGAAGAGCCAGCACUCUGUGUCCUACCACAGCACCCAUUACCCAGGUGGCACCGCUACGGCACCCCCAGUGGAGCCCAUGCUGACCAUUAGACAGGAGAAACACGAGCCGUGCUCCCAGUGUUAAGUAGAGAUUGAGCGACGGAGACUGAGACUAUUGAGGGGGUUCUUGACUCUCUCUCACUAUUAUUCUGCUGCUUCAUAACUACCAACAGGCACAGACGCCCAGUGAUGCACCCGCAGUGCCCUUCAGGAAGGAUUUUGCACCAAGGAUGACCUACGCACCAAUUAAUCUGGAGAUAUUUGAAAGCUGCCAUCAGUGAAAGCAGACUUUUAAAAGCGCUUAGUCACUCAAAUUAGGAAAAGAGAAGGCGACACAUAGCUGUGGCCCUUUUGGAACCUUUGGACCUGUGUGAAGCUCUGAUUGGAGUUUCACAGCGUUUGCAGUUCAAGCUCAGAGUUUGUUGAGAAGAAACGUGCAUCUAACAAGAGUCCUGAGUGGCAAAAAAUCACCUCUGUGUGCGUGUGUGUGUGUGUGUGUGUGUGUGUGUGUACGUGCGUACGUGCACACUUCUCUCGCUCUCUGGGUCUCCCUGGAGAGAGCGGCUGGAUGGGAACCUGACUUGGCAGGGUUCUGAUCCCCUGCUUGUGACCAAUCCUGUUGCCAAGAGGAAAAAAUGGCUGUGCAGUGCUGCCAGAACUACUGAGAGAGGAAAACACAAAAAUGAUAUGAGAAAACUGCAAGAAAGAAACCAGGAUACUGCUGUGUCGCAUUAAAGCGUUAGCAUGUGGACUGAAUAAUGCACGCACAUACACUCAUACACACACUUGGCAAGGACGUGGGAGAGUAAGAGGGGAAAAUUAAUGUUAGUUAAAGAUGCCUUGUAAGCAGCAGUGUAACAAACUCACAGUUGUUUUUUUUUGUUUGUUUGUUUUUUGUUUUUUUUUGUGUGUUUUUUUUUAGAAGGAAUGUGUCUUUGUGUGCCUUGUUGGUCCACGUGUGUGUGUUUGUGUAGAUGGGUGGGUGGAUGUAUGAGUGUUAUGUGGGUGCAUGGGUGCAGUUGCUCUCCCAGACUGACGCCACCUAGUGUUUUACCUUCCUCUUCCUUUUCUCACAAGUCUGUCUCCUAACUGAAUGGCGUAUCCAGAAGGAAGAUCAGUAUCUGUCUGUUGCUGUGUACAUUUCAUUUCUUGACUGUCUAUGAAGCUCUGUAACUUGCUUUGGUACAUCUGUGUCUAAAGAUUUCCUGUUUGAUUUUUCUAUAUGCAAAAGUUAUGUGACCCUGCCUUAGCCAGUCUUACACCUCUGAGCAACCCACAAUCUUUAAGUCUCAUCAUUGGCCUUAAAUAUACAAGUGGCACAGGGCUGUUCAAUGCCAGUCACUAAAGAGCCUCACUUUUUUGCAGAAAAGACUUAAUGUAGUUUACUAAAUGUACUUUAUAUGCUAGUUAUUUUCUGUAAUAUUUUUAUAUCCUACUUGAUAUGUCAUGGUUGCUGACUGAAAGGCUAAAUGGAAAUGUAUAUGCACAUGACUGAUGCACUGACGAACGUUCAGCGUUCUCUGGUAGCCAAUCACGCCUGUUGACUUCUAUUACUAUUUUGACUGCUUUAGGCUGUUUUUAUCGGCUUGUAUGGAAGCGGAGAGUGAAACUCAAGCUGUGAAUAUGUGGCUUUGCUUGGCUGCUCCGCUUCAUGUUUGACAUUGGUGGGGCUUUGCCAUGUUCGAUAGCACUGCAGAGAGUGAGAGAACUCACAGACUCUAUAGGUCUCAACGUUGCACACUGUGUCAAAUCUGACGGCUAUCCUUUAUGGGUCCUCUGUAUCUCAAAUAUACAGAAUUAUUUUUGUGCAAUUAUCAUACUUGGAAAUGCAUUUAUAUGGCAUAAACAAUUUAAUGUUUGAUGAUGUGCAUACUGUAAUACAUGUUUAUUCUAAAGUGUCUGAUAGCUUUAAAGUGUAUGUUCUUGACUUGAUUAUGAAAAUGGUAGGUUUACCUUUUUUUGACAAUCCCCCACUAAAAUGUGAUCACUUAUUAAAAACCCAACGAUGA